AAGACAAACGAACUUUGACCUUGAACCUUAUCUUUGCAUUAUUCCUAAAGAGAUGCAAGAAAAAGAACUACGUGGCUUUUUUUCAACGUUCGGAGUAAAGGACUGCUUCACUGAAGAUGAUCUCUUAGACGUUCUCCUUGAAAUCCAAGCCAAGCACGACAAUGCUAUGUUAGACAGAGACGUCAYARCCAAAGAUAAACAACUGGCCCUAGAUAUCCUUCACUGGAUCGUUCGUGAUGGCCCACUGAACCAUGAAUUGCGUGAUAAAGUCUAUGUUCCAGUGAUGAARGGUCCAGGCAUUUUAAAACUUGUUCCAUUAACGGAGUGCACUUUUUGUGAUGCUGAGUGGUUACGCGGGAACUUCUUUGAACUCCAGAUGCUUCCGGAGCUGUCUGACCUAAGCCUGAUAGAUGAGAGCAUUUCCAACACUACAGCCUCCCAUCUAGGAGUUCCUCCAAUGAGUCGGUGCGUGACUGCACCUGAAACACUGGGCUUUGAACAAGCUGGUCCGUACGAACCUAUAACUCGGCGGUUAAAGAAUAUUUUAGACGAGUAUAAGGAAGGAGCUGGUGUCUUCAAGGAACUCAUACAGAAUGCAGACGAUGCUGGUGCAACUGAAGUGAAGUUUCUGGUGGAUUGGAGACAACACCCGGUAAAAAGGUUGCUGGCAGAAGGAAUGAAGGAAAGUCAAGGUCCAGCUUUGUUAGCCUAUAACAACGCCGUUUUCACCAAAGAAGACUUUACAAACAUCAACAAGCUCGCUGGAGCUACCAAGAAAGAAGACUUGGAUAAAAUUGGCCGAUUUGGGUUGGGUUUUAACUCGGUGUAUCACUUUACCGAUACUCCAAGUUUCGUAAGCUCCAACUAUGCAGUAUUUUUUGACCCAGAUACCAAACAUCUUGGCCAUUUCAUAACAAACCCCUCGCAUCCUGGAAUCAAACUGGAUUUGGCAGCAAAGAGGCAAACCCUUCUUUGCUAUCCAGACCAGUUUCAGCCCUACCAGGGCGUCUUUGACUGUGAUGUCAACGGAGAUAUGCCUUUCAACUUUGAUGGCACACUCUUUCGUUUUCCUUUUCGUCGCGGGCCAAGUGAAAUAUGCGACAAGCGGUACAACGAAGGCGAUGUAAAAGCGUUACUUGAAUCCUUUAAGAGAAGUGCCUCGAGUCUUCUUUUGAAUACCCAGAAUGUACAACACGUAAGCGUAUGGGAGUUAGAUUAUCGUGCAAAUAAGCCAUCUGACAUGCAUUUCAUAACAAAAGUAGAGAGGAAGAUCUUAUCUGAUUCCGGAGGUUUAGACAAGACGACGUUUCUACAAGAUUGUGCAACAUGGUUUAAGAGAGAAUAUCCGAUGUACUGGGAUGAAAGUCUUCCUCCUCAGCAUACGAAGAUUAUUUCAAUAACGCACACAACAACAGAAGACGAGCAGAAAGCAAGAACAGAAUACUGGCUUCAAUGUGAUCGGAUGGGGGAUGCGGAGUCCCAUGACAUGGCCACGAGUGAAGAAGGAAGGAAAAAAGGACUUCUUUCCUGCGCUGGAGUUGCUGUAAAUCUCAGUGGAUCAAUAGGUAACUGGAAAAUCAAAGAUACCAAUGGUGAAGCAUUUUGCUUUCUUCCACUUUCCAUUCCAACCGGUCUACCGGUUCACGUGAACGGAUACUUCGCUGUGACGUCUAAUCGAAGAGGAAUCUGGGAACAGACAGCAGAAGAAAGCCAAUAUUUUCAGCCCCUAGAAGCUCGCUGGAACAAAGCACUUAUGAAGGAUGGAAUUGCACAUGCUUACCUAGAGCUCUUAAAAGAAACAAAACAAAUGGCCCAAGAAGGUAUUCUUCAAGAGUACAACUUUUGUUCUUUAUGGCCGAAUCCAUAUCGUCUCCAGUCACACACCUGGAACUCACUUAUUGUUGGAGUUUACAAAUUGAUUACAAGUUCAUCAUUAGCUUUACUAAAAAGCGGGAGAAAUUGGUAUUCAGUCGACGAUUGUGUUUUCCCUGACACUGAUAUGCAGAGGAUUCCUGCAAGUCUUCAAAUUCUACGAGAAUUGCAAUACAAGAUUGUGGAUCUUCCACUCUUUGCUCGGAAAGGUUUCAGUAUGGCGGAAUGUGGAGAACAGAUUGAAAGCCAGACGAUGUCAGAGAAAAAGUUUCUGGAAAAGGUGUUUUUUCCAAACAUCAACUUCAUAGCAGGUGGACUACGUGACAGGGUGGUCUGCUAUGUUAUUGAUGAAUGUUUGGCAGGCAGCGAUGAAUCCAAGAAAAAGCUAUUCCAAGAGUUAUUAAGAACCAACGCUUGCAUUCCCUGUUCAGCAGAUAAGCAAGUACUUGCCCGGCCAAGAGAUCUUAUACGUCCAUAUGGUGCUGCAGCAUCUCUGUAUUCACCGUGUGACAACAAAAUGCCCGUGGGAGAUUGUUUUCUUGAGACCAAACGUCUUCUGAUGCUUGAAAAACUCGGCAUGGUAAAGAAAUUGAACUGGGAUCAAAUAUGUGAUAGGGCACAGUCGGUUCAGAGCUUCAAGUACGACAAUGGCCUCAAAAGGGUUUCCUGUCUAAUCAAGUACCUAAACAAGUACAUAGAUGAUAUGCCCUCGGCAGAUGAAGACACAAUUCAGUGUUUGACUUCUUUGCCAAUUUUUCCAGUAAUGCCAAAGCCAAAGUCAAAUUUUUUUCUGUGGGAAGGAGAAAGAAAUGGACGUAAAGCAAUGCUGUCAUCUGACAAACUGUUUGGCAAAGAAUUCAGUAACAUUAUUGGUUCAUUGAAGCCAAUUUUGGACGAGUCUGAAGAAACUGGAUGUGGAAACCUAAAAUCAGAAGUGCGGAAGCUUUUUCAGAUAUCAGACCACCAACCGAUAGUAAAAGAAGCACUAACCCAAUUGCAAAUAGUAUGCGAGUUCUUCCAAAAAACGGAAAAUUGCAUAUCUUUGCAAGGUGUGACUAGUGAGAUUUGCUACAAUAUUUACGCGUUUCUGAAAAGCCAUAUCAGUAACGAGGACGACAUGGAGUUGAUGAAAUGUACUUUGCAAGACGUAUCGUGGCUUUUUGUGGAGAGUCGUUUUGUCAAGAGCAACCAAGUUGCAUUUGUAUGGAAUGGUUAUGGAGCGCCCUAUCUUUAUCGUGUCCCUACUUCUCUUGCCCUUCUUUACCGUGAUCUUCUUGAAGAAAUGGGAGUUAAGAGAACAUUCCAAGUACAGGAUUUUCUCUUGGCCUUGAAAGAAAUGAGCACAGAAAAGAUAAACCAGAGACUUAACGAUGCUGAGUUCAAAGUGGCGAAAGRAUUAUUAGACGAGUUAAAUAAGUUGCUAGAUAAAAUACCGGAGGAGGAUGUUGGAUGCACACCAAUGCCAGAUCAAGAUAGAAUCCUGCACUCGACCCAAGACCUCGUUAUCAACGAUGCCCCAUGGAUUCUAAUGGACCAGGAUGUCAAGUAUGUUCAUAAGGAUAUUUCCAUAAAUCUCGCUCAUGCACUAGGGGCACGAGAUAUCAGAACCAAACACCUGGAGGACAUAUCGAGAUCCAUUGGGCAGCCAUUUGGUCAGAAGGAGCUACUCACAGAUCGUCUAGCAAAUAUUCUGAAGUCGUAUCCUUGCGACUUUGGAAUUCUUAAAGAGCUUCUCCAAAAUGCUGAUGAUGCAAAGGCAACAGAAAUCCAUUUUGUUUACGACCCUCGUCAUCACGGUAAAGAGCGAUUAUUCAAAGAUUCUUGGAAGGAGUUGCAAGGACCUGCCUUGUGUGUGUUCAAUAACCGUCCUUUUUCUGAAAAGGACCUUGAGGGAAUUCAGAGGCUUGGCAUAGGAAGCAAAGCUGAUAGUCCAGAAAAGACAGGACAGUAUGGAAUUGGCUUCAACGCUGUUUACCAUCUGACUGACUGCCCUUCUUUUAUAACGAAUGGAAACACUCUCUGUAUCUUGGAUCCCCACGCUCGAUAUGCUCCUGGAGCCACAAAAGAUAAUCCUGGAAGACUUAUUGGUCCAUUUGAAAAAACUAGCAAUUUUCAAGAAAAUUAUCGAGAUGUAUUCCCAGGAUACCUUGGAGAUAUGUUUGACUUAAAGGGAUCAACAAUGUUCCGUUUUCCACUCCGAAACGAAGACAUGGCCAGUAAAUCUGACAUCUCUCAAAAAGAGGCCCUUUCGAAGAUCAAGUACCUUUUGGAAAACUUUAUGACGGAGGCAAAAGAAACUCUACUGUUUCUGAAUUAUGUUAAGAAAAUUUCCAUUUCAAAAAUAGAAGAUGGCGGAUUGAAACUUAUGCAUGAGGUUUCAGCAGACCUUGAAGAAGAAGAUGAAAACAAGCGCAGUUCUCUAGUUUCCUAUAUAAAGAAGUCAAAACAUCUUCCAACGAGUGAGAUAGAAAGAUUUGGAAUAUUUUAUCCAAUCACGCUCAAAGACAAAUCCUCUGAGGAAACGUGGCUUGUUCAGCAAACAAUAGGUGUUUGCACCCAGGGAAGGAAAGUUGACAUCCCUGACGGAAAACAUCAUGGUCUCCUUCCACGAGCAGGUGUUGCGGCAAAGGUAACGUCCAAAACAGAAUUGAAACGGGAAAUAGGAAAUGGGAAUAUUUCAACUUACCCUGAAAGGAGAAAAGCAUUUUGUUUUCUUCCACUACCUGUUAUUACUGGACUUCCAUUACAUGUAAAUGGCCAUUUUACUCUCGACUCGGGGAGACGUCAUCUUUGGCAAGACGAAGACAAAAGCGGCUUCCGAAGCACAUGGAACCAGUUCCUGAAGACGGAAGUGUUAGCUGAUGCGUACACAAGCCUUCUAGUUGAAGCUCGCGGACAUAUUCUAUAUCUUAAACACGAAGAGCAGUCAUACUUCAGUCACUCAUAUGAAGCAAGUUAUGGCUUGGGAUGGUAUGAAGGGCUAUUUCCAUCGCAAGAUAUAUGUGAAUCCCAGUGGAAGGGGUUGGUCGUCGCUGUCCUAAACAAGAUAACUCACGGUGACAAGAAUGUUUUACCUUUACUCCAAAAGGUAAAAACCGAGAAAGGAUUCAAACACAUUUGUAGCUGGCUUUCUUCUUCAGAAAGUUUUUUCCCUAACUUAGGUUGUAACCGGGAGCUUUCCAGUAUUUUGCGAAACAUUGGAUUCAAUCUGGUGUCCCUGCAAUAUAAGAUGUACGAGAAUUUCAAGAAAGCAAACACCCAAGUUAAAGAGGUAGCCCCUGAAUCGGUUUUAAAGUUUCUUUCUGUUCAUGCACCACUUUUGGAACAGCUUCCUUGUCCGAUAGGAGAUUCUGGUAUGGAAUCAGCUGCAGACGUUAUCUCUCUAAUAGAAUAUUGCAUGAAGUCACCAACCUUUGUCAAGAAUCUGGACGGCGUUCCUCUUUUACUUACACAAGAUGGGAUUCUAAGAGUCUUCAGCGAAAAGCAUCCAGUUUACGUAAGCAAGUUUUCAUAUCUGGUUCAGUCAUCUGAAGAUCAUGAUAAAUUUGCUGCAAAAGACGUUGUGACAGUCUUACGACCUGUAUGUGAAGAGCUUUUUCUUGAAAGACUUCCAGUUGCAUUGCCACUAAACUUGUCUAAUCUAGUGACGUUUUUCCCUUCCAUCUUCAAAGAACACGAAGUUUGGUCUCAGACACGUAUUCCUGUUUCCUGGAAACCAGAGGGAAAAGACCGGGAAAUUAGGAAAUGGCUGAUCAGUUUGUGGUUUUUCAUCUCAAAGAAACACAAAGCAAAUCCAUCGGAUCGUUUUCUUGAGCCCUUAAGACCUUGGCCUGUGAUUCCAACCACAUCAGGACAUCUUCUACCUGUUUCAAUGUCUAAAACUGUUCUAGAUCUUACUGAAUCAUACUCAUGGUCCAACAACCAAAGAAACAUUGUUAAAGCAUUGAGGGAGCUCCGGUGCCCCAACGUGGACAUUGAACUGUUGAAUUCAAAGGGAGCAAGUGUUUCAGACGUAGUUAAAACAUACCUGGCCUAUCCGAAUUCAGUAAAUGACGUCAUUACUGUUCUGGACAGCUUAAUGGAAAGAGAACAUGACAUAUCUGGAAGAAUCGAUGCUAAAACCGCAAACCUUCUGCUGCAUUUCCUUAAAGAAGAUCCCCAUACGUUACAGUCUAACGCUAGAAACGUGCCAGUGCUUCGUAAACUGCCGUUUUACGAGACGAUUGAUGGUCGGUUGAUUAAACUGGAAGGCGCUUCAUCUAUUUGCAAAGUAUCUCGCGGGAUACCACUAGAGGAAUCGGAGUUGUGGAUGGAAGGAACAAGAAAUAUUUUUCUUGAGCCUUGUCAAUCUCUCGACGUUCUUCACGAAAUGCUUGGUGUGGAGUUAAAGUCACACGUCUCCUGCUACAUCGAUUUCAUCUUCCCUAAGUUCAGCCUUCUUCAGGAAUCUACUCGCCUCGAACAUCUUUCGUACAUAAGAGACAAGCUCCUUUACACGGAUAAUGAAAAUGAAGUUGCAAGACUGGAAUCAGCUCUUAGAAAUCUAAAGUUCAUCCCACAUGUAGAUUCAGGAGACUUGCACACGGCAUCUUAUUACUACGACCCUAGAAACCCAGUGUUUAAGGCCAUGCUCUCAAAAAACAAGUUUCCGGGAAAACCGUUCUGUAAAAUCGAGUGGGUUGAAUUUCUUUGUCGGAUUGGCUUGCAGACAACGUUCACCAAAGACCAAUUUUUAGCGUUUGCUAGAGAAAUUGAGAAAAAAGCAGAGCAGAAUGAGACAAAGGAUCUCUUGGAGAAAUCGCAAGUUCUCACUCGAUAUCUUCUUCAGGAAGAAAAUUUUCACGAGGCCAACUUUCUUGCUAAAGUCUCUACCAUUAAGUUUGUUGUUGCUCACAAAGCCGACGAAAAGUUUAACUCUCUUGUUAAGCAAUAUCUUUUUGAGCAGAAGGCAUUUGCACCUUUCAUUUCCUUCAGAAAUGCCCUGCCUCGAAAACAUGAAGUACUCGUUUGGGGAAGCGCGGCACUCCUGCCUGACUGGGCUUUGCCAAGUGAGAUGCCUACUCGAAGAGAUCUAGGGAUUCUCGAAAAGCCAACUUUGCAACAAGUUAAGAAUCAUGUGCAAAGACUUUGCAGUAGAUUUGAUAGCAAGGACAUGGAUUUGAAAGAAUCUGUCAGGAAACUCCUAUUGCAAAUAAUGUCGAAAACGUACUCCUUUCUUCAAGACUCGCUGUAUGAUUCGAACGUUCACCAACUUUUCCAUGGUCUGCCUCUAGUUUUGGUGGAAGAUGGAAGAGUAUUUAUUCGAUGUGAGCAGCUCGCCUUUGAAAUGGCAACGUAUGAAGAACAACCACCGUAUUUGUACAAGGUACCGAGGGGAUUUGGCCAAUUUGAGAUACUAUUCAAGCAUCUUGGAGCUUCCGAGAAGCCGUGCCCUACACAGUAUGCGUACAUCCUUCAAACUCUCUGGAAAGAUAGCAAAGGAGACGAAGUACAUCCUGAGGAAUUGAGGCAUGUGGAGAAUGCUGUGAGAGGUUUGUUCAGAACUUUGAAGAGGUUACACAAAGAAGAUGAGCGUGCAAAAACCACGAAGUGUUUGGAUUCUCUACAGGGAAUUGAAACCCUUUACCUUCCUACCGAAAAGAAACAUCUGAAACCUUCCAACCUUCUGUACUACGCGAGCCCUCAGCUGCUAUUAAGAAUAGACAAAGCUGAGUCCACGUACGAUUUAAUAUACGACCUUAUGGAUUGUGGAUUGGUUAACGAUCGUGCUGAGGAUCUCCUUGGGUACCUUCCUCCGCGUUUACAGGUGACGCCGUUGACAAACAUUCUAAUUGAAGAGCUACACGCAGAUUGCUUUGAUAGAAAGUGCAAAAUGGAUGAAAGUGGGAAAUGCUCCAGUGCAAACCGACUAAGGUCAUUGCUAGAUUCCCACUACCUUAUUGAUGGGAUAAUCAGGAUCUUGAAAUCCCAAAAUCGUUCAAUGAAAGUGGACGAUGAUUUACGCACAAAGGUCGAAAGCCUAAGAACGAUCUUUAUUUUCGUGUGUUUUGAGAAUUUGGAAACUGUCCUGAAAAAUGAGAAAGAUGAAGAAGCAGGAGGAAGUAAGGUUUCAAAGUCGUAUUUCGCAAAACAGGAUGGAGCAAAGACAUGCAUUUUCAUCCAACAUGGUGCAAGGAAUAUUUAUGAUGUUAGCUAUGAAUUGUCUUUAGCUGUAAAUAAGCACAUCGGCAAUGCACUCAAUCAAGAACAUGUUACACAUCUUGAAUUCAUAAUCCUAUAUGGAAUAAUACGUCAUCCAACAGCAAUCCAAUCUACAUUAGAUUUUCGCGGCAUCGAACCAGACAAGGAGGAAUUAACCAACAGUGCCCCAGAAACGUCAUUCCUAGGUUCCCUGAUACCUGAGGAGAUGCAUUACCUUCUGGUUCAAUUCGAAGACAUCUUAUUUCGUCCAGAAGAAAUAGUUGGAUAUGAGAAGGAGGACAACUCUGAAAAGGAACAAGGAGAGUACUGUUACGCGAGGAUAGUUCGCGAAACCUCAGCACCGAAUCUUGGGGGGAGAACGAAGAAACCAAAGAGAGAUCCUUCCACUGGAAGACGAAAGACCCACAACUCGUUUCUUCGAAAGUAUCUGAUAGACAUUGGUACUGGAGAGAAAAUUGAAGUAGAUGCCCUUGACUUGUACAAACUCAAACGUCCAGAGGAAUUGAGUGAUGCAAACGAUAAUACGACAGACUUUGAAAUGUCGGAUUCUCAAACUGUUGUUCCUUAUGAUGGUGAAGAGCAGUCAACAGGAACAAAUGCGACGACGAACGACAGUCGCCCAGAUUUACCACGUACGUGGGAGAAGGCCGUAAAGGAGGUGGAUAAGGCUCUGGCAGAUAUCAUGAAACUUCYAAACGAGCAGCGAAAAAAGGCUGUAAAGCGACUGUAUUUACGAUGGCAUCCAGACAAAAAUCCCGAUAUGGAAGAACUGGCCACUGAGGUAAUGAAGUAUAUACAAAAUGAGUUCCAGCGUCUUUCGGAAGGAAAGUCUCGUAAUGCCAGCCAAGCAGGUUAUGAUGCUGAAGAAUGGGAGUCGUCUUUCAGGAAAUGGGACCAACGAGCAAGACGUCAACGUGCAAGUUAUGACAACUAUCGACGAAGUAAUCCCGGAUUUACGAGGAACUUCUCGUCGGGAGGAGGGUUUAGAGGGUUUAGUCAGUCUUAUUAUAGUCCUUCUGGAAGCUCGACGCCAUUCGGACAAGGAAGUAGCAGUUAUCAUUCGCCAGACGCAAUAUUGGCAAGAGUCUGGAUAAUCCAGAGUCGCAGUGACUUAGAAAGCGUGAAAUACCUUUUCAGCGCAAAAACACCAGGUGGUUUCUACUGGCUGAUCUGCUUCCAGUGCAAUCAAGUCGUAGAAAAAGCUUUAAAGGCGGCUUUGUAUUCUGUGAGUGGAAUCUCUGAUUCUCAGCUGGACAGCCAUGACUUGACAAGCCUGGCGUAUAAUUUGAAACGACUUCCAAGAGCACCGGAUGUCGUUCAUUUGGCUGGGAAAGUUUGGAGCUAUCACGAUGCUACACGUUAUCCACACAAGCAUCACCCAGCUAAGCCACCGAAGGAAGUCUAUACCUUUCAACAAGCACAAGAGGCGUAUGAUGUAGCUAAAAGUGUGUUGAAAACGCUGGAGGAAUUUAUAGGCAUUCUUCACCUCUAAGUUAAAGGACGAGUGAAGAAAUCACCUAACUAGUGAAAGAAGAUAAGUGGAUGCAUAUCUGAGGCAAAGACUAGUGUCGAUAAAUAAAAACAACUGCUUUGUUUUCCGGUUUAAAAAGUGGAUGGAUGAGGCAGUAGUGGGAAAACAUGCAAAAUUUUAAACGUGAUUUCGAAGUUGUUACUUUAGUGGUUAGUUUAAAAGCUUGCACAUUCUUUAGUAAAAAAGUGGGAAAGCCAUUUCAGUGGCAAAUGAAACCGUCAAAGUGCAUGCAGUAGCUAGUGCCUGCAUGCUGCAAGUCACGGUUAGAAACUCGUCCACUGAGACGAUUGGAAAAGCCAAGAGCAAGAGAAAAUAAACUAGUUCAUAUUCUCUUGCCAAGAGCCAUUAAUUGAAAAAAAAGUUCCCAAAGUUUUAGUAAAGUAACGAAGAGUUUUUAGACAUAUAUUUAGGGAGGUAGAGCAGUCUUUUGUACUGUUUAUUAAUACAGCACAAAGCAAGUGACGAAACGCGAGUUACAAGCGCUUGAGUAAUUUCGGAUCCUGAACGAGCGAGAAAAAAACUGUCAAAUUUGUUUUAUUUCAUAGUAAGAAAAUACGUAGUUUUUAAGUUCAGUGUACAGGUUUAUUUAGUUUUCGUCUAACCGAAAAGUCAUCGAAAGCUUCCCGUCCACACUUGCGUUUUCAUAGCGUUUACACUGAUAGGAUCAGUGAUAGCGUUCACACUGAUAGAAACGCAGAUAUGAUCGCAAAUGAUGCAAUAUCUUCAUCGCAUGCGAAAAAACAGAAGUGCCAGUGGGAAUAACGUCACACAAGCGUCGGAAUCGGAAGCAACAUACGCCGACUUAGUAUCGCAUUUAUCACCUGGGUGUUUAAAGACAAGCUGACUGUUAACGAGCAUUACACUACUGAGUUUGCGUUUGUUGCUUCCGAUUCCGAUGCAAGUAGUGUGAACCAGGUUUUAUACGAUAGGCUUCCGUUCUCAAAUGUCUCCACUCUUGAGAGCGUUUCCAAAGGUAUGUUUUUCGAUCUUUUAAGUGUGAAGGCAAGGCCAGAACGCAUCGAAAAGUAUGCGUUAUGUGGACGGUUUCUUAAUAGUAUAAUGCACGUUAUAUAGGGUUAGUUUUGUGACGCGAUUUCAGUUUUAGGUCAUGUUAUGGUAUAUAAUAAAGUGGUAUAUAAAAUGG